CACACUAAUUUCUGUAAAAUUAGGCACAUUUAAUGAAGGUACCUUCGGUCAGUCUGGUGUGUUCACAAAAACUAAAAACUAAUUAAAGAAUUAACCAAAUCUAAAUUAAGAGCGACUAGCUUACGCAGUACGAGUGCGUAUCUGAAUUAAGGAACAGUGACGACUUCUACAAUGGUAGUGUCCGAGACAGAAAAGUGAAAAUCCGUAAGGCGAGAGACUGCAGUCAGAUAUCAAGAAAUAAUUCCACCCGGCCGUCACGUCACAUACACACUCGCAGAAAUCUGAUCAAAAAAAAAGCUUCGCUCGCACACACACACACACCCUUACACCGAGCAAAAAAACACUAGCGCCAAGUGAAUCACAGCGAUCUCCUCGCCGGAACAGAGCAACCAACCAACCAACCAACCACCCCACCACAGAACAGAUCAGCCAUCAAUCGCAUCCAAAAACACGCACGCACGGCCGCCAACAUGCAGAGCGACUUUCACAGAAUGAAGAACUUUGCCAAUCCCAAGUCCAUGUUCAAAACCAGUGCUCCCAGCAGCGAGCCGGCAGGCAACACAGUGGCUCCUGGUCGUCCCGAACCGACUCCAGCUGCCCCAGCACCUGCUGCUCCGGCCAAGGAGGAGACCAAAACAGCCGGAGAUGCCGUCACCGCUGACGCAACGAAGCCAACUGGUGGUGACGACGCCGUGCGCACCGAGCAUCUGUUCAAACACCCGCUACAGAACACAUGGACCCUCUGGUACCUGGAGAACGAUCGCUCCAAGUCGUGGGAGGAUAUGCAGAACGAGAUAACCAGCUUUGAUACUGUAGAGGACUUCUGGAGCCUGUACAACCACAUUAAGCCUCCAUCGGAGAUCAAGGUGGGCAGUGAUUACUCGCUCUUCAAGAAGGGAAUUCGCCCCAUGUGGGAAGAUGCUGCCAACAAGCAGGGCGGUCGCUGGGUGAUCACCCUGAACAAGAGCUCCAAAAGCGAUUUGGAUAACCUGUGGCUCGAUGUGCUGCUGUGCCUGAUUGGCGAGGCUUUUGAUCACUCAGACCAGAUAUGCGGCGCUGUUGUAAACAUUCGUGGCAAGAGCAACAAAAUCUCCAUCUGGACUGCCAAUGGUAACAACGAGGAGGCAGCCUUAGAGAUUGGCCACAAGCUGCGCGACGCCUUGCGUCUGGGACGCCAGAACUCGCUGCAAUACCAGCUGCACAAGGACACAAUGGUCAAGCAGGGAUCCAACGUCAAAUCGAUCUACACUUUGUAGGCUGAGGCCUGGCCCGCCAACUAUUACCACACAAAGUUUAGUUUGUUUGUGUUCCCUUUAAUUUAUGGUUAUAAUCAACAGCGAUUGAUCGUAAAAAUCGUGCUAUUUUGUCCAAGACCCCCGCGUACAUAAACCGAAACCGAAAGAAUGCCCCUUUGUUAUCAGAAAUUGGCAGAAAAAAAAAACGAUCCGCUUUUUGUAGUCAUUGUCAAAAAUGGAUUAAACGAAAAUAAAAAUAAAAAAAAAAACUACACUAAAACAGGAUAUAAAAAGGGUUUUUAUUUUUAAUCUAAACUACAAAUUUAAAAUUUAAUUAUUAAUAUAUAAAAAAAAAAUACCCAAAUGUAUCUUUAAGUGCGUUUUGGUAUUUAUUAUCUUGUGGUAGUGUUGCCAACUAUCUUGCAGAACGUUGCCACAUUAGUGUUGUCACCUAGCAGUAUUUCAAAUACACCGCCAUUCGGUCACACUGCUGUCGCGUGAAUGGAAUAGUAGGAGGACAAACGGCUUUGUGUUAAAUUUAUUGAAAUACAAGAGAAAUGAGUGCAAUUCGGUAGCGUUGUGGAGCUCUUCGUGGGGUCGGAAAAAUUACGGCAAAAAGACCCACAGUUGGCGUUCGUGCAGAAGAAAAUUUUUAAUAAUAGACUCGCGACCAACACACAAACAAAACACGAAGAAGUUCGUGGUCGUUGAAAGGAAAACCAAAAAAACAAAAAAAAAGCGAAAUAAAAAUAAAAGUGCAAUAGAUUCAGUUGUAAAUUUUUUUUUUUGCAAAAAAGAAAAUCAAAGUAGUCCCUGCCAACACGUUCGUACAUAUUGAGCCGAAUCCCCCCC